GCCGCCACGAGCGAGCGAGAGAGAGAGAGAGAGAGAGAGAGAGUCAGAGCGAGGAAGCGAGAGAUGAGCCUGCAGAUUCCGGCGAGAUCGGGCGCCCUCCGCCGCCUCCUUCUGCUAAGCGGUGCCGGGGGGCUCCCGCGCCUCUACUCCACGGGGGACCGCCGCCGGCGUGUGAUCCGCGAGGCGCAGCAGGAUGAGGAGGACGAGGCGUUCCUCCGCACUCUCAACUUCGGCGCCGACCCCGAGAACAACCCCCUUCCCCCGCCGCCGAGGCGCGGCAGGGGAGGGCCUGACGCCUCAGCUUCUGCCGGUAGGCAGCCGCAGCCGCAGCCGCAGCAGGAGCGGCCCGAGCGGAGCGCUCAGAAGGCCGUCGGCGAGACGCUGCUGGAGAAGCUUAAGCUGGGAGAUGGCCCCUCUGGCGCCGCCGCCGCCGCUAUAAAGGGAGGCGGAGCCGAGCGGAAGCAGCCUGAGGACGAGGCGGCGCCGGCGCAGCCGGUGGACGUGGACGAGAUCUUCCGGAAGUUGAAGGAGACCGGGCUGAUCCCCAACGCCGUGUCGAUGCUCGACGGGCUGUGCAAGAACGGGCUGGUGCAGGACGCCAUGAAGCUGUUCGGCUUAAUGCGGGAGAAGGGCGCCAUCCCGGAGGUUGUCAUCUACACGGCUGUUGUCGAAGCCUUCUGCAAGGUGGCCAAGCUUGACGACGCUGUGAGGAUCUUCAGGAAGAUGCAGGGGAAUGGGGUCAUCCCCAACGCAUUCAGCUACUGGCUCCUGAUACAGGGGCUGUACAAAGGGGGCAGGCUGGAUGAUGCGAUUGGGUUCUGUGUGGAGAUGUUUGAGGCAGGGCUUGCGCCGAAUGCUGAGACGUUUGUGGGCUUGGUUGAUGCGGUGUGCAAGAUGAAGGGGGUGGAUGAGGGUGAGAAGCUUGUGCGGAGCUUCCAGGAUAGGAACUUUGCUAUUGAUGAGAAAUCCAUAAGGGAGCACCUUGACAAGAAAGGCCCGUUCUCACCAGUGGUGUGGGAGGUGAUCUUUGGGAAGAGGAAAUCAGGCCGACCUUUCUGAUAUCUGCCUGAAAGUAGGUUCUCGGUGGCUUUGUUUCCAGUAUUGCUGAGGAUGUGAGCACCGGUUGGUGACUGGGUCUGCAUUGGAGAAUCUUCAGCCUGGAUACAGGAAAAGGUCAUAAAUGAACUGCCCCAUUGUUGAUCCACAGGGGUCUGAUUAUGUUUAUGCCAAUGCCAAAAGGACAAAAGGUUCAAUCUUAAAACUUUAUUUCCAGACUUUCUCUAGUAAAACACAAUGUAGGUCAUUCCUAGUUGAAAGUGAAAUGUAAAUAAAUUGAGUUUUUCUAUGUUCUAUUUACAAUAACGAGGUCUAUUUGAUUUUCUUUUCUUUUCUUUUUUCAUUCGAGAAAUUUUCUUUUCUUUUUUAUUUUUUGGCUCUGUUCGGAUGUAAUCUUGGUAGUAAUUGACGCUGGGCUAAUAUAAAUUAAGGAGUUUCUGCCACAAGGUUCUGUAGAACACCAGGCACGUUCUGGCACUCCUGGUAUCAUUUUGAUACUGCAAACCCAACACUCAAGAAUUGGAAGAACAGACCAUCCUGUUUAAGCCUUGUUUGGUUAAUCCCCUCUCGAA